GCUCACUCACGCAGAACAUCCGCGUUAUCCUUACCAAAGAAGAACAAACGCCGGCAAAACAUAGCCCCCUAAAUAAUGGACGGAAUGACUACACAUGGGCUGGUCCAGUCUUUUUGGUCAUAUUUUUCUCUGGACGGGAAACAAUUUAGAAGUAGGGCAAAGUUUGCCUAUAUUUUGUGAGUCAAGACUUCGCCAGAGUUGUAAUUUGUGUGAAGAAAAGGUGGAGACAGAAGCGCGCGACUCCAAUCCUCUAUCAACUUGUCGCAUCACACGUUCCGGAACACAGCAAAGCAAAACAAGGACACAAACGUUAUUUCUUAAGAGGAACCGAAGUUGGUCUACUUCACUAUUUUUUAAGUGCUGAAACAAAAGCACUGUCUUAUUCUCAGGAACAGUGAAUCCUCUUGGAAUCUCACCCAAUCAGCACUUAAGUCUUGGACGGAGGCUAAACUCUUCCUAUGGCAAACGACACGGAAAAGGACCCAUGCCACAGCAACCUGCACAUCGACAAGGGAAACCCGCGCAUCAGUGCGAUAAUGUUCUCCGCCGGAGUGAUAGGGAACUUGGCCGCUUUGAUCCUUCUGGAGAUCCACCGCAGGAAGGACAAGAGCCGUCAGCGCCUGUCGCUCUUCCACGUGCUGGUCACCGCGCUGGUCGUCACUGACUUGAUGGGCACCUGUCUAGUCAGCCCUUUCGUCCUGGCAGCCUACUCCUUUAAUACCACCAUUAUUGCUAUGAUUGACACUAACCCUCCCGCAAUAUGUGAGUAUUUUGGAUUCUGUAUGACUUUUUUCAGCUUGGCCACAUUAUCUGUCCUCUUCGCCAUGGCGCUCGAGCGAUGCCUCUCCAUUGGGUGUCCCUACUUCUACGGGCGGCACAUCACCAAACGUUGUGGAUACAUCACCAUUCCAUUCAUCUAUUUAGUUUGCGGGGUGUUUUGCCUCAUGCCCUUUUGGGGUUUCGGGGACUACGUGCAGUAUUGCCCGGGGACGUGGUGUUUCAUCGACAUGAAUCCGUUAAUGCCGGAAGACCGAGUUUAUCCAGUCCUUUACGCAACCGUUAUGCUCAUCCUAGUCCUCUCUAUAGCGGCUUGUAACGCCUUUGUCGUUUACCACCUGGUUUUGAUGUACCGGAAGCGCAAACUUAACGGGGUAUCCGUGACGACUCGGAGUAAGAAGGACCGGAGAGUCCUCUCCAUGGCCGAAGAGGUCGAGCAUCUUAUAGUACUGGUGUUCAUGACGGUUAUAUUCGUGAUUUGCUCCCUUCCUCUGGUGAUCCGUGUGUACAUCAACUCCACGGGCCAGCGGAAGGAGAGCCACAAGCUGGACCUCAUCGCCCUCCUCUUUCUCUCGACCAACUCCAUCGUGGACCCCUGGGUGUUCAUCUUCCUCAGCCCAUCAGUGCUGCGCUUCUUCUGGGGAGCGCUGUGCAAGACGCCCCUCCUGCGGUCCAGGGAGUCCUUCUUCAAGUCCUCCCUGGGGAAGCAGAUGCACACCCAGCUGGAGUCGUGCCAUCCCAGUGCAGUCUCCGAGUUCACCCACCCCCCGAUGUCCACGCAGAAGGUUUGACCUGCUGAUGUAUUGGACUUAAUUGGGGCCUUGUAUGUUGUCUCUGAAGGGAGAAGCCACUCAGAAUAGUGCCGCUGCCCAAAUGUGCCGCCUGCCCGGUGGUUUGGUUCUAUGGCAGGGAUGUUGGUUGUGUGUAGCUACUUAGGGGCAACUUCUGGACAAGCGGAGCAGCAACCUACACAUUCCUGCAAACGUAGGCUGCUGCUUGUUUUGGAACAAGCUCUGAGGCGCAUAUUGGAAGCCUCCGGAGGCCAGCAACAGAUGUUUGACGGACAGUUAGACGCUAACUCUGAGGAGAAUGGGGUUGCAGUAUGGGUCACGUUCUUAAAAGCACUACCCGUUAUUUGUUUUUACAGCCUGGACUCUCAAACCAGAGGCCACUACAAGGACAGCAAACCAGGAUUCACAACACUGAACGGGCUAAAUCAGAUAAGGACGGUUUAUUCUAUAUGAGUUGAUCAUGCUCCAGAUGCAUGCGUUGUUGGCGCCGUGCCCUGUUAGCACACCCUGGGACUCCCAGGGAAGUUUACAUAAAUUCUUUCUAUUGAGAUGUUCCUUCAGCUAUCAAAUGUCAUCCCUUGUGGUUUUGGGAAUUGUUAUCAGAACAGUCAGAGACAUCCUUGUAAUCCAAGCAAGAUUCACACACACCAGACCUAGGUUCAAAUACUAUUUAGGGUAUUUCAAUUACUUUCAAAGACAUUUGGAUGUAAGUAUUUGGAAAUGUUCCAUUCGAAAACACAAGUCAUGUAAUAUUGGAAUGUAUUUGGAAAUACACUUGGAAAGUAUUUGCAUGUAUUUGGUAAAUUGGUGUAUACAAAUAUUUAAAUACUACCAUGCAAAUCAACCAGGUCUGUUUGGUAUUUGAAAUAAUGUAUUUGGAAAUAAGUAUUUGGAAAUACUUUCAAAUAGUGGCCAAUUUAUAGUAGGCUAUCCAAUAGACGUAGUUGAUUCGGGACACAUUAAAAUAUUAGUACUGUAUUUGAGUUACAAAUACUCAAAUACGGUACACAGAAAAUAACAAAUAAUCAAAUACCCAUGUAUUUGAACCCAGGUCUGACACACACAUACACUAUCCCCUCUCCCUGCAGCUAUGACACGUUGACCUUUCCCCUUUCACCCACUGGGUAAUCACCUCAAACGGUCAAAGGGAAAGAGCCCGAGAGUGACAUUUCUUUUUUUUAAGUUUUUUUUUAUCAAGCAAAUUAAUGUGGUUAUGUUAUGCGAAGCGUGCUAUGAGAGGAGGUUUCGUCUGUACUCUGGAUAAGAGCGUCUGCUAAAUGACUAAAAUGUCAAAUGUACUCUUAUGAGGUUCCUUUAUGUUUAAAGGAGUAUUGAGUAUUUAUUGUGUCCCAGCCCUCAGAUCUCAUUGAUGUGUUCGUGUACCUGGUGACAAGGUGCUCAUGAAUGUUCAGUGCGCAGUUGUAAAUGUGUAUCGUGUGUGUGUGUGUGUGUGUGUCAGUAAUCCGGUUUCCAUCCAAACUUUUUAUGCGAAUAAAGUACAUGUCGUAUAAAAAAUGUCACGACAGGCCUGAUGGAAAAAGCAAAUGUGUUGGUAAACAUUACAAAUGUCGACAAAACAAUACGGCAGACAAUGUGGGACCUUUUUGUGUCGGUAGCAUUUAUUAUGCAAGAAAUGGCAGUGGAAACGCUUUUUUCACUUCCAAUACAUAACGAGGGUCUUAUUCUGGUGACAUGAUGAUCAAUGCUUGGCUGCCAUUUGACAAACAAAAAUUAUCUUGAUAUUUUGUCCAUAAUAAUGUCAUCAUGUAGGCUAUACCCGCACUGUAUCUGCGAGUGCGAGCUAUUAGCUAGUGUGCACGUGCCAAGACCAGAGUGGGCACACUCGCUAUAUAACGCAACAUCUUUUGUGACAAGACCAUCAGUAGAGUUCAAAAUGCGAUGGAAACCCAUUUAAAUUGUAUUGUUAUUCGGUACAUGGGAAUUUAACUGCAAAAGGUAUUUUUAUGUGUACUACGUCUUCACACACAGCGUGGGAAAAUGCGCAUAUUGUUUUUAUAUGGCUUUUAGAAUAUUUGCAUGAAAAUCUGUCGCCAAUUGGAUAGAAACCUAGCUAGUGUCAAAGAGAUGGCACUCAAAAAACAUGAUAUCAGCAAGGAAUCCUACCUGUAAUUACCUAUACCUGUUGUUCAUGUUAAUUUAUUUACCCCUUAUUUUAGCAGGUAAGUUGGGAUGCUGUGGUAAGUUGACUGAGAACACAUUCUAAUUGACAUGUAGUUAGUCAGAUCCUGUGGAAGAUCCUGAUUGCACUGAGCUUUUAAACUUUGUCAGGCUUGUGUAGUUAUGUAUGUGUGCCAGCGUAUUUGUGUGUUAACGCUUCUGUUAAUAUACACCUGGCGCAUCCAUCCAUCCAGCCCUUAUUUCGUCAAACCCGUUCUGGAGCCCCACCUCCUGUCAUAGACCCACAUAUCGUGGAUGACAUCCAGAUGUGUGCUAAUAAAGUUAGACUCCCAACUUUAAAAAAAAGUUAUUACUCUCUCAUAAUCAAAACAAACAGGGAUUUGACUAGCUCCACCAAUAUAACUUACACAAGCAAAUCAGACUCUCAAGUUGCCUUUGGGAGAGCACAUUGAACUAAACAUAAUAAUUAUAUAGCAUUAAUUACAUUGGAGAUGGCUCCACAGGAAUAGGCAUGCAAUUUUGAUUACAAAUGUGAUUAAUUCUGUUUACUCUUGCGAUUGAUUAAUGAAGGUGGUUAGUCAAAGAGGGAAAUUACUCGUGUUAGUCCUGGGUCGUGUUGAUUAGGCACCAAAUAUAAGAAAACCGACUGAAACAGGGAGGGACAACAUAAUAAUAAAAAUAAUAAUAAUAAUAAUAAU